GUGACAAAAUAUUAGAUCUGUCAAAAGAAAUACCUCAAAUUUGGCUGCAACAAAUUAUUGUGUGACAAAAUUUCCUUGUAUCAACAAAAUAAACAGUACUACUAGAAAAUCCACGUUUAAAAUGAAGAGUUGAUUUCCCCGGAUGGACGAUAUAGAUGAUUUUUUCCACAUACUUGAAGUUCCAAGUUAAUUUGAAGUGUUAUCUAAAGUAUCCGUCACAUGGCGGCACGUCUAAGUCCUCGGAACUCUGAAGUGAAUGCCUUGGAACAACGGGGGUACCUCAUAGGAAAGAAAAUCGGCCAAGGUUCAUACGCCACCGUCCACUUGGCCGACUAUGUGGACAGUUCAGGGCCAAAGAAAAUGCGCCUAGCGUGCAAGAUUUUCGACAAGGAAAAAGCCCCUAAAGAUUUUCUAGAGAAGUUUUUUCCCCGCGAGCUGGAAAUUUUAACAAAGAUUGAAAAUCCACACAUCAUUCAAGUACAUAGUAUACUACAGAGAGGUCCCAGAGUUUUUAUUUUCAUGAGAUAUGCGGAUAACGGCGACCUCCUCGACUUUAUCAAGCGGAAUGGAGUGAUCCCGGAGUCUCAGGCGAAGAUAUGGUUUCGCCAAAUGGCCAGCGGACUCCAUUACCUCCACGGAAAGAAUGUGGCUCACAGAGAUUUAAAGUGUGAGAACAUUCUGCUCUCGAGAAAAUUCAACGUUAAGUUGGCAGAUUUCGGCUUCGCGCGUUUUUGUGUAGACGGAGAAGGAAGGAGGAUACUGAGCCAGACCUAUUGCGGCUCGGCUGCUUACGCGGCUCCGGAAGUGGUUAGCGGCAAACCCUACAACCCCAAGCUGUCUGACGUGUGGUCCCUGGGGAUAAUACUGUUCAUCAUGCUGAACGCUUCGAUGCCUUUCGACGAUUCGAACCUGAGGAAGCUGCUGAAGGACCAGAUGACCAAGAACUGGGUUUUUAGGUCGAGGGUCAGGGACACCCUGUCUUCGAGCGCCAAGAACUUGGUGCGACACCUCCUGGAGCCCGACCUGACCCUUCGCCUUACCCUGGAUCGGGCGCUUCAGCACGACUGGACCAAGAUCCGAAAGGAGAGGUCCUCUCUGCUAGGACGAUUGGUGCAUUCCGCACCGCAGACCACUAGACAUGGGGGUGUGCCAGCGCAGUACAUCGAAGAUGGUCAGAUCGCUGGGGAUUACGCGAACCCCGAAAUGAAGAAAAGCGAAAUGAGGAUAGCAAUGGAUAAUACGUAGUAUAUAAUUUUGUCACACAUUUCCGAAAUUACCGCAUCGUGAUGACACGACGUAAGUUUCAUAGUGAACGCGUUCUAUGUAGUGAUUGUGAUGAUUCUUUUCACUGUAUAAAGAUGGUUGAAAUUCUAAUAAAUAUUGUGCCUACUUA